AUGUUUGUUGACUUUCGCUUCAUCGAUGACGAAUUCGACCGAGGGGUAUUUGUGGGUGAGAGAGGCGAAGCGCGGGGAGAGCAGGAAUGCGCGUGUUCCGUGAGAGGAAGGGUUGUGUUGCGAGUAGCGCAGGACGAGUUUUCGCAGCGGAAGGUGGAAGGACCCAACCGAGCCGGAGACGGACGGUGUGGUGGGAUGUGUAGACAGCGAUCCCCGGAGGAGCUUCGUGAUUCGUUUCAGGCGCUCACCUCAACUCGAGUUGGCACAUUCCAUCGUCCUAUCCACCCUGACAUCCGCAAAGAAGAGUUGUGCACAACUGCGAAGAACACCCCCUACACAGCCUAA